AUAGAUGCAUUAGGCGCCAAAAUAUUUAAAAAAAGUUCUUAAAAAAGAAUUUCGUGUUGAUUAUUAGCAAAAAAACGAUAAAGAAAUGAAUCAAUCCUCUGAUUUGCAAGAAAUUCACAUUUUAAACCUACCGGAUGAAAUAUUUCUUCACAUCUUUAGUUAUGUCAACGUUGCAUCAUGUAAGAAUGUUUUUGAAGUUUGUAGAAGGUUCUAUGAAUUAAUGUCUGUCGUAAGACGAGGCUGUCCAUUAGAACUUACUUAUUCGCAGAGUGUUAAAGUGAUCAACCCGGAUGAAAAUAUUUCUAAGCUCAACUUAUACAAACUUAAGAAGUUAACGAUAAUGAAUGGCUCCAACUGUUUGAAUAUCCUCAACAGAAUACCAAAAGAUACAUUAAAAGAAGCAAUCAUUUCAUUUCGUGAUGUUGACAAAGGUUUGCAACAGUUCUUCAAUCAACAAACAAACAUUAAGAUGCUUAAAAUAGAUGAAAAGAACCAAGUUAAUUUCGAUCAUCUUAAACUUGAACAUUUAGAAAUCAAUAAGGAGUUUUUCAAUUCGAAAUUUAUGAAUAUUCCUUCGAUUUUGCGGGUGCAACCAAGACUUCGUUACAUCGAUUUUACAGAUUAUUUAAUUGAAGAUGAAAUUUUUAAGGCAAUUUGUGAACUGAGAAAUCUCGAAGUAGCAAAAAUGCGCGUUAAUCUUGAAAUGCCUUGUCAUGUCUUUGAAUCUCUUAAAAAUCUCACACAGUUAAAGGAACUUCAAAUAAAAUCUGAUAAAAUUCAUCAAUGCAAUCAUCUUCUCGAGUUGAGCAGAAUGCAUUUAAAGAUUGAAAAGUUGACUCUUUUAUAUAAGGAGGAAAAAUUUUUACCAGAAUUCUGUAUUCAAUUGAGCCAUAACUUCCGAAAUCUCAAGCAGAUUAGAAUUGUCAAUCGCUCGUUUUUUAUCAUUAAUACAAUUUUGGAAAAUUUUCCCAAUUUGGAGUCGAUUGUUCUCGAUUGCUACCACUGGUCAACAGAAGAAAAUGUUUUGGUAGUCAGAGAAAAUCUAAGACAUGAGAAGCUUAAGGAAAUCGUUGUGACCAGUGUUUAUGACGAUUCUGCCGUUACCACAAGAUCGCUUCUCACACUUCUCAAUGCUUGUCCGAAUCUCGAGCGAAUUAUGUUAUCACAGCUGGUUGAAGUUUAUUAUGAAGAUCUGCAACAAAUUAUCAAUGAUCAUCCUAAAUUAACUCAUUUGAGUCUUCAUUUCAAUAUUUUUGACUUUGAAGAUGGAAUAAUUGAUCUUAUCCGCACAGCAGCAAGCAGACUUCAAUUUAUUGAAUUAGAAGGACUCUUUAGUUCGGCUGAUUUUCAAACUGAAUCAUCUCUAAAAGACCUGUUUGAGGACGAAUUUACCUAUAUCAGUUAUUCCGAUUAUGGCUAUGAUGAUUUUAUAUAUGAUGGCACACUCACCAUGAAGAAACGAAAUGUUUCAAAGUGGUAUAGAGAUUUAAAUAUGUAA